UCGGUUGGUGGCGGUGUGUUAGUAACUGCGUGUGAGGCUCAUUUUUUGGCGAAGAAGAAGAAGAAAGCCUUCCAGGAAAUUCACACGAUUGGACUGGAUUUGCAGCAGUUACUGCGAUAUAUUCUGUUAAAAUAUGAAAUAUUAAGUCAUACAAUAAUAAGAAGUAGCAUGCCUUUAGAGUAGUAUGAAAACCAGGAGUUUUGAAAGUGCACCUCGUUUAAGAAAUGCCUUUGUUAAUUCAAAAUAGAGCACUUGACCGCAUUACCUCUACAGGGGAACUGUUCGACAGACAACCACAUUUAAAGGAAAAUGCACGAACAUUUCGCUCCAAGCCAGUUGUUGAUGUUGACCCUAAGUGCCUCUUGUACGUCCAACAAAGAGAGUUUGCUGCAACAACACCAGCAGACAAAUCUGUUUCAGUAAUCGGAUCUGGUGAUGCCACCACCUGCCAUUUGGUUGUGCUGCGACACACUGGAAGUGGAGCUGUUUGCCUUGCCCACUGCGAUGGUUCCUGCACCUGGUCUGAAAUCCCCCUUAUUGUGAAAGCUGUGACCUCACUGAGUAACGUCAGCAAGGAGGGCAGACUUGAGCUUCAUCUUGCUGGAGGAUUUAACGAUGAGUCAAAAACAUCCCAUAAACUCAGCCUUAACAUACUGGCAGCUUUCCAGAAACAGAAAGAGGAAAUUCAUCUGGAAACAUGCUGCAUCACAGAAAUGAAUGACAUUGUUGUUGAUGGAAAUCAUAGUCCUGUAGUACUUGGCAUAGGUGUAAAUGUUCAAACAGGGGAUGUGUUUCCUUCGUCAUUUACUCACAAAGGACCAGCAGAGGAGCUGCGGUCAGCAAGGACCUUCACUGGGGGACAGAUGGCAGACAUAUAUGACUCGAGUCGAGGUCUUGUUAAAAUUGGCCCUUGCAGUUGGUCUCCAAAUCUGGAUAUCGGCUUCUGGUUGUCACAAGAUGAUGACACAAUUUUAAAGUACCUGUCCACCUCUCCGCUGGCUGAGCCGCCUCACUUCGUCCAGCACAUGAAGACCACCAUCCAGUUCCUCCUAGAACACCCCAGCUCUGACAGCCUGUUCCCCGGGGGUCAGCCGCAGCUCUACCACAGGUCGGAGAGGGGGGACUGGGAGAGGGCUGCGAAGUCAUAGAGCCCUACUCCUGUCUCCCACUGGACCUUAACAUUCAACCUUUUCUUGCCUCUCAGCUCAAUGGAUACACUGUGACCCAUCCACCUGCAGUCUGUUUUUUGUUCAUCGUGUCUUAACAUGGAGGUCGCCCCCCCGCCUGUCCAGUAGAGACAGCAGACGAGUGAAGUGAAGCUGUUCAUGCCUGUCACAUUGCAUUUUCCCUCUCCUAAGAUGUAAAGUCUGCAACUUGCGUAACACCUGCUGUUGCAAUAAGUCAUUGCCCCACUAUGCUUGACUGUUUAGAUUAUCGAAGGAAAUAAUUAACAAUCCUGUCAUAUGCGCAGUAGAUAGGGUCUGAGUCUGUGAGCGAUUACAAAAGUUAUCAUUUUGUUUUAAGCCCAAAAACUAUGGCUGCUGUUUUUCCGAGGCAUUCUCUUAUGUAUUCAUUUCCUACUGUGCAUGUUCGGGAUAUUAUUGUACAGUUUCUAGACAUUUAGAAUUCAGUCUUCAUUUAACUGCCUUUUAUAUUCUUGUCAUCGAGUUAAUGUUUUCAGUUACUCUGUCACCAGGAGAUUUGUGUUAAGUCUGAAAACCAAUCCAUUUCUGAGAGUUAUUAUAUCUGUCUAAAACAUACAUAUGCCUUACAAAUGUAUGCAUGUUAUGUGUUUAAUGGGGUGAAAAUGUAAAUUAUGUAAGAUAAAAAAAAGCCCAACCUACUUUUGAGAAAAACUGGUGGAAAACUUGCUGCAACAAAAGUUAAGAAUGUUUAUUUUGCCUAAAACAUUGAGGAUAAUAUCUAUUGUUAUGCCCUGCAUUAUUGAAGAGUGUUACAACGUAAUUGUUUCUUUAAAACGCACCUUCUUGGGGGGAAUGUCAUUUACUCACAUACUGCUCUAUACUUUGCCGUCAAUGUGUAUGUUUUUGGAACUUGCAUGUAAAUGUGUAUAGCUGUAUGGAUCUUUGUCAAACGCAACACAAUUUGAUUUUGCUAGAUGUCUUUUUUUGAGAUUGUUCAAAUGAAAUCAACACUAUAUACUCUAUAAGGCCUUUCCCUCAGUUGUGUUAUUCAGAAAGUUGACAGGUGCUUAUAGCAUUCAGUGCAACUUCAUGCAACUUGUGAACAUACUGUACCUGUUGCUACUGUAAAUAAAUGUAAACCGGUCAAAUCUA